ACGAGGUACAUCUCAAAUCAAAAUGUUCAGAUUGUUCCAUUGGUUCAAAACAAAUUCCACGCCUGCUUCGCAAUAUAGAUGUUAUUAAUGAAACCAGUGCGAAAGCCUCCAUAGUUUGACUGCUAUGGGUUCCGGUGGCUACGAGGACACAGCAGCUCCAGCGGCUACAGGGUUGGGUUGCUAUGGUGGCGCAUCAGCUCCGACUUGUACAGGGUGGUUGUACGGAGACGAAGGCGGAUCCUCUACGAGGGCUCUGGGGCUGGAUGCGCGUCUCGCUAUGAAUAUGGAAGAAAACUGUGCCAAUUCUACCAUGAAUGAUCAUUAUAGCCGCAGGAGUUCCGGCAUGGAUACAUCCAUCUCGACCCCUAUCGAUUCCUCUAAUAUUGGUUUUCGGUUGCUAAAGAAGCAUGGUUGGAAAGAAGGGACAGGACUCGGGAUUGCCGAACAGGGUAGGCUGGAGCCUGUAGAAGCGCUUAUAAAGAAGAAUAAGCUAGGGCUGGGAGCAGAGAAAGGAAAGAAGUCAAAGAAGGCAAGCGAGCAUGCAACUAGUGAAGCAGAUGGGAAAAAAGAAAAGUUGAAAAAGAAAACAAAAGCUGCUACCAAAAAGAUGAAAAAAAUGCUAGAGAUGGAGAAGCGCUUGCAAGAGACUGAACUAGUAAGGGACUUCUACAGGGAGUUUUGGCCUGAUAAUGUUUGAUUCAUAUCCUUUCAUGCUCGCGGUUCCGAAAAUGCGCAAAUUGGCCUGUAUUUAUCAUGUAACAUAAAUACAUAUUUCAUAACGUUUAUUUUUUUAUAUUUCAGUCAAAUUAUUUUUUAGAACAUCUGCUUCUCUAUGUGGUUGUAGAUUCUAUGAAGUGUUACUAAUCCAUAUCGUAACCCACUUCUUGCAUUCGAUAGUGGGCUAACAACAAAACGGUCAGACAGUU